AUGGAUCGAGCCGAAGCCGAAGCAGCCGCAAGUCAGCCGCCGGCUGGUGGUGAUCAGUCGGAUGCGGAAGCGUCCGGAGAUGAGCUUGUGCCGACACCUCCAGAUUCGCCAUUACCUUCAACCGGAGCAUUUGCACCGAUUCCACCCGGAGGACCUGAUCUCGACGAUGAAUUCUUUGCGAUAUCGAGCAAUCCAUUGAGCUCAAAACGACUGAUAUACUUCAUCGGUUUGGUGGAUAUCCUCACCUAUUACGGAGUGAAGAAACGAACCGCAUCGGCCGCAAAGGCAGUGAAGUAUGGAUCUGAAGCUGAAAAUAUCUCGACGGUGAAACCAGAUCAGGUACUGGACUGA